GGCGAGCGCGGAGGCGGAAGUUCCCCACCGGCUUGAGAGGCGACGGCGCAGGCACCGCGAGCCACUUGUCAGCGCUGGUCUGAGGCGGAGGGUGCGCCGCGCCGGUCCAGAGUUUCGUUCAUUUUCUAGAACUGCACGUUGAACCCUGGGAACCAUGAGCAACUACAAUGUGUCAUUGGUCGGCCCAGCUCCUUGGGGUUUCCGGCUCCAAGGUGGCAAGGAUUUCAACAUGCCUCUGACGAUCUCUAGUCUGAAGGAUGGUGGCAAGGCAUCUCAGGCACAUGUCAGAAUAGGCGACGUGGUUCUCAGCAUCGAUGGGAUCAGUGCACAGGGAAUGACACAUCUUGAAGCCCAGAACAAAAUUAAGGCUUGUACGGGCUCCUUGAAUAUGACUCUACAAAGAGCUUCAGCUGCAGCCAAGGCUGAGCCAGUUACCGUCCAAAAGCCCACAGUCACCAGCGUGUGUUCCGAGUCUGCUCAGGAGCUAGCAGAGGGACAGAGAAGAGGAUCCCAGGGUGACAUUAAGCAGCAAAAUGGCCCACCAAGAAAACACAUUGUGGAGCGCAACACGGAGUUUUAUCACAUACCCACUCACAGUGAUGCCAGCAAGAAAAGGCUGAUUGAGGACACUGAGGACUGGCGCCCCCGGACUGGAACGACUCAAUCUCGUUCUUUCCGGAUCCUUGCCCAGAUCACCGGGACUGAGCAUCUGACAGAAUCUGAAAAUGACAAUGCGAAGAAGGCAAAGUUUUACGGUUCUCUGGAAGACCAACUUAAGAGCGGACCACACCCACCUGCAGCUCCCCAGCUGUUAAAUGUUCAUAGUCAAGUAGCCACAGUUUCUAAAGAAGCAGCCACUUACUCUAGUGUAAGCAGCUCUACAAGAACUGUAGAGGGUGCCUUGGAAGGUUUUGGAAACUUUUCUGCCUUCUUCCCUCCUGCUAGAUACAGUGCUGUAGUUGUCAGGGAUGCGGCUGCCACUGUGUCUGCUGCUCUUGCUGCGAAAACCAGGCUCUCCGGCCCUGAAAACUCCCAAUCCCUUCUGGAUGCACUCUGCAUCAGCACUCUUCCCAAGCCUCUAGCUCUUUCCUGUCUUCAGUCCUCUGAGGAGUCAAGUGGCUCUGUCCAUGUUAAGAAGAGCAGUAGCACCCAGGAGCCUUCUCAGCAAUCGGCAUCAUCUGGAGCUUCACCUCUGAGUGUGUCUGAGGGCCCUGAGAGCCCAGGUUCAAGCAGGCCCGCGGUGGCUGGCCUCCGGUCUGCUGCUGCUUUCAAGCCUGUAGGAUCCACCAGCGUCAAGUCACCAAGCUGGCAGCGUCCAAACCAAGCAGCACCUUCUACUGGGAGAAUUUCAAACAAUGCACGUUCUUCAGGUACAGGGGCAUCUGUGGGGCCUCCCCAGCCAAGUGACCAAGACACACUUGUGCAGAGAGCAGAGCACAUUCCAGCGGGCAAGCGGACCCCUAUGUGUGCCCACUGCAAUCAAGUUAUCAGGGGACCUUUUCUUGUGGCUCUGGGGAAGUCCUGGCAUCCAGAAGAAUUUAACUGUGCUCAUUGCAAAAACACAAUGGCCUACAUAGGCUUUGUAGAGGAGAAGGGAGCACUAUACUGUGAGCUAUGUUAUGAGAAGUUCUUUGCUCCUGAAUGUGGCCGGUGCCAGAGGAAGAUCCUUGGAGAAGUCAUCAAUGCUUUGAAGCAGACCUGGCAUGUGUCCUGUUUUGUGUGUGUGGCCUGUGGAAAACCCAUUCGUAAUAAUGUUUUCCACUUGGAAGAUGGCGAGCCCUACUGUGAGACAGACUACUAUGCCCUUUUUGGAACAAUAUGUCGUGGAUGUGAAUUCCCCAUAGAGGCUGGUGACAUGUUCCUGGAAGCUCUGGGCCACACUUGGCAUGAUACUUGCUUUGUGUGCUCUGUGUGUUGUGAAAGUUUGGAAGGGCAGACAUUUUUCUCCAAGAAGGACAAGCCACUGUGCAAAAAACAUGCUCAUUCUGUGAACUUUUGAAAAUCAAAGGUUCCAGGAAAGAGAAGAAAUUUGAAGAAAAAUGAGGAAAAUUAAAAUUACCAUUUAAUAUUUAGUUUAAUAUUUAUAUGGAAUUCUCAAAUAACAAUAGCCCUGAAUAAAUAACAAUAGCCUGACUCUAACAUUAAAAAUCAAAUCUGAGAAAAGGUUUCGCUUUAGAAAGCCACAGACAGUUUGGCGUUUAUUAUGAAUUGCCAGUAUUUCUGCCUAUGAAAUAGCUUUUAUAAAAAUCAAUUUCCUGGCUAUUAAGUUCAUUUUAGAAUAAAUUAGCAAAGGAUUACAUUUUAGAAUUAAAAUCCCUAGCCUCUACGCCGAAAUAAUACUUUGGGGGGCGGGUAGUAGCUAUAAGAAUCCACAAAAGGCAAUAAAAGUGCCUUAAACCUUAUUAAUAAGAAUAAUUGUUUAAUAAACCCAUUUUAUCUUUAAAAUAGUAAGUAGAAAUUUAAAUGAAUUUUAUGAGUAGGCGGUAACUUUUCUGUUUAGUGAGUGCACUUGCUUUGGUCUUAUCAUUGGUCUUACCUUUCAGUAAGAUGGGCCAUGGAAAUUCUUGAUCAAAGUGUGUCAUGCCAGUAAGAGAUUUUUGUGAUCUCUUCUUAUGCUCUCCCAGAUGCUGGCCGCUCUUCAGAUGGAGCAGUAUGUUUGCGUUGUGUAUGGCUGCCUGGUCUAUACUGCCAUGCUUUUCAUCCUUAUGCUGAGAUGAAGAUAUUUCAAUAGCGUUAGGCUCUAAUAGUUUUGCCUCCUUUUUAGAAAAGGGUAGGUAGAAGAUAAAGGAAUUAUGGGAAUAAAGCCAUUGUAAGUAGACAGUUAAAGAACCACUUCCCACUUUCAGAUAAUGAACUGACUGAUUUCUACAUCUAUGUCUCUAACUGAAGGUUCAAAACCUCCUUGCCCGGUAUUUUUUUUUUUUUUCCCUUUUUGGAUUGAGGAUUAUGAUAAGAGCCAACUGUAUGUUGCCACUGUGUUUCUGCUUAUUUGGAGUUGUUUGGGGAUUUUGAUCCUUGUUUUUUGUUUGGGAUUCUUUUCUAUCAGUAAGUAAAUCCCCUCCAGCUGUGUGAUCGCUGAGUUAGACAACUUUUGGUCUCUGGCCUUUGGUAGUAAGGGAGAACCAUGAUGCAGUUCUCACAUGGUCCUGUCAUCUGUUCCUCAUGAGUGGGCACAGCAUCAUGCAGGCACCGCCUGUAGUCAGGAGAGGGACUUCGAGACAGCCGUGUAGCGUGCCCUCACUACCUAAGGAAAAAACAAAUGAUGGUGUUUCACGUUUUCUUUGUUUCUACAAUGAGUAAAAGUGCGAGAUCCUGCUGAGUUACAGCUUAAAUCUGUGGGGACAAGGUGCUUUCAAAAUCCAGAUAGAGUUCCCAGGUUCCUGCUGCCCCAUCACCCAAGUGUACUUGUGCAUCGUGUGUGUGUGUGUGUGUGUGUGUGUGUGUGUGUGUGUGUGUUAGAGAGGAUGUCUUAGACUACAGUAUUUGUUUAACCUCCCUAAGAACUUUCAAGGCAUCUGUCCUGAAAGCUGCUAAUGUAUGGUCUAGUGAAUUUAUAUUGUAUGCAGAUAGUAAUGUACUCGGGGAUCCAUGAACAGCAAGGGGGUCCCGCAUUGCAAACCGGAAGCUUCUCCAGUGGCAGCCCAGGUUGCCUCCUCCCCUGUGCUUGUAGGGAGGCAGGAAGUGUCUUCAGAAGUCAGUUGCUGGGGCUCUGUCCGUCAGGUCUUUGUGCUGCAGCGGUGAUCAGUAUCAGACUUGAUAACUUGUGGGUGUUGGUUCAGGUUUGGGGGUCAGGCUUUGGCUUUAUGCGACAAAAUAAGUUGGGAUUUUGUUUUGAUGUGGUAGUUUUGUUUUGUCUUUUAGAUGAUCUACAAAGAUAAUAUUUGAAAACUCAUUGGUAUUUGCAUACUCAAAGGCUUUUCUUUGACUUGGAGUUUUGUUCUUUCCCUAAGGAUAUCAAUUUUAUUAAGCCUUUAUUUCUAUGUGUUAUUUGUCAAGCAUAAGACUGCAUUCUGUAAUGCUGGAUUUCUCUAAAUUUAAUUUGUAAAAAGGCUAGUGUGGCUUGGUAAUUUGGCAAUGUGUCUGUAUUCUUUGCCUGUUUUAUGGCAAGUUGUAUAUCCAUUCCUACAACAGUGACCUCUGGGAGAUGAGUUCUAACUGUAGCCAGAAGCUCUGUCUGCAUUGGGGAUUGCUAGGUUUUGUUUACCAGCGUGGGUCUGUAGAUGCCUGGCCCAGCAUGUUACCCUUCUGGCGAGCUCCCUGGGUAGUCAUUACAAGUCUUCUGUGUCAGUAGCAUUGCUUUUUCACUACCAAGUUUUCACCAUAGAACCCUGAGAUGUAUGUUUAGAAGGCUGCACUCGAUAAAGCCCAGAUGGAAACCAUAGUGCAUGACUAUAAGUCCCUCAUCCAAUUUCUCAUUGUUCCACUUUGAUGGGCCCAGAUUGAUACUGUUUCUCUAAUUGUUCGGUCUGACUGCUGCCUGUUGAAGUAGUAAUGUGCUUCUGUUCCUGUGAUUCCAUGUUUUCCAGGGGUCAGGUUACCUUCCCCGUGUAAAACUGAAGCCUAAUUAUUUGGCCAUGGUAUUAAAACAAAAGUAACCAUUUGUUUACAAAAGAUUUGUAAACAAAAUCCUUUGACUAUUGAUAUAAAACUAUGUUUUAAAUUAUCUACAACAAAUGUAUUCUUUCCAAGGAACUUGAGGUUAGAAGCACUUCCAUAGAAAAGUAAUUACCAUAGCAGGAAUUCAGUGUAACAUUAAUACUUUCUUGCAUUUGCAGUUCAGUCAUCUCCAUUGGAGCAGAGGCAAACACAUGAGAUAGUCUCACACAAAUGUACCCUUAUUUCAGUCUGUCCCUCACCUCCAGUGUUUGAGGUGUUGGACGCUUAUGUGUAAUAUGUUGAAACUGUCAGUUGCUGUCUUUUCCUUCUUCGCAUUUUAAAGUUUGUGUAUAGCUGCUCUUUUGCUUUUGGAUCUAUUUUUAAUUAAAAAAAAUCACAUGAGAAAUGUAAUCUGUAUAGUAAUACUUUAAUAAGCACAUACUCAAUAAACAACUGCAAUGAUGUUGACAGCA